UCUCUGUCUCGCUCUCUCUCUGUGUGUAUGUGUGUGCAAGAGGAAGUGGCUCUGUGCGGUACUCUCGCUUGCAGGAAGAGACACACAGAGAGAGAGAGGGGGAGAGAGAGAGAGAGAGAGAGAGAAGAGGAGGAAGGUGGUGCUUGCAAGCUGAUAACACACAGAUAGUUGAGCAAGGCUGCGAGCGAAGGCUAGAGCAAAGCAAGUGCAGAGAAAGAAUCUUUCUGUGGUAUUUCCACAGCAGCGGGGGAUCAGAGGAGAGAGGAGUCAAGUGCAGUGUGCAGUGAACGUCGUGUUGCUGUAGCCUCACAUCUUCCUGCUGCUGUUUACUCUGGACUCCAGGGAGACGGAUGGAUUCUCACACGCAGCAAGCCGCCCGAUGUCGCUGAGCUGCACUGAGCCGCAGACCAGGACGUGAAGUGAACCUGCGGCGUCACGGAGACGGAGACAAAAGCAGGAUGUGGUGUCGCAAGUGCGUGCUUUUAUGACUUGCGUGUCUGCGCGAGUAACAGGUGCUCUCAGGUGUGCGCGCGUCAACUUGACACCGUGCUGUAAACUGACUCCAGCAUCAUCACAGUGCGUGUGUGAGACGUACCUGUCUGUGUGUCUGUCUGUCUGUGUGUGUGUUUCGCUGCAAAUGACCAGGUGCGUGUGCUGCGUGGCGUGUGUCAUUUUUGUGUGCGAGAGCAUACACACACACACACAUGUCAAGAGGAAGUGACACGUCUGUGCUCGCUCUCCGAUUUCCUGGUGCCGUCUCUGGUGGCGCGCGAAGCCCUGAAUCUGAGCCGGGUUCACCUGUCUCGCCAUCACGGGUGGGACGUACACUCUGUGGAUGCCUCAGCAGAGGAGCACUUUUUCUGGAUGACUUAGAGGCUCGGCGACUCUGAUUUGUGGCUGACUGUCACACCAGGCCUGCCUCUCGCUCCUCUCUCACGCUCUCUCUCUCUCGAGAUAAACCAGCACUUCCUCUCGCCGUCAACGUGCCGCCCGGGUGCCAUCCCAGCACUGGAGGCCAACUCUGGACUCCUCUAUGACUGUGAAUACAGUGAUGACCCCCUCCAUGACGAGCAGUAACAGCAUGAGCAGCGGCUACUGCAGCCUGGAGGACGAGAGCGAAGACUUCACUUUCUUCACCGCCAAGACCUCGUUGUUCCGCAAGCCCCGGCACUCAGCAAAGCAGAAUGAAGCAAAAGAGGAAGAGGAGGGAGGAACGAAGGACCUGUCGGCGGAAGAGGUGCAGACCAAGAUAGAAGAGUAUAACGCCCAAGUCAGUGAAACUGGCAUGAAACUGGCUUCAGACGGAUCCUACACAGGUUUCGUUAAGGUCCACCUGAGGCUCAGUCGACCAGUCACCGUCUCCUCCGUGGAGGCGAUUCAGAGGGAUUUAGAGGGAGCGGCCAGGCAGAAGGGCAGCCAGGAUCAGGCACCUUUAGGAGACCAGGAAGGGACUGAGUGCGGGCAAAGUGAAAAGAAGACGUCCUUCUACCUACCAUGUGACUGUGUGAAGCAUCUCCACAUCAGCUCUCUGAACACCACCAGAGACGUCAUCCAAAACCUGCUGAAGAAGUUCAUGGUGUUAGACAAUCCCCGCAAGUUUGCAUUGUACGGGCUGACUCACCGCGACGGACAGGAUCUCUUCCAGAAGCUUCCUCUGUGCGAGCGCCCGCUUCUCCUGAGGUUGAUUGCAGGGCCGGACCCAGAGCAACUGACCUUUGUCCUGAAGGAAAAUGAGACGGGAGAGGUGGAGUGGCACGCCUUCUCUGUUCCCGAGCUCCAAAACUUCCUGGUAAUCCUGGAGAAAGAGGAGACGGAGCGCGUGCGGGCAGUGGAGCAAAAAUACGGCACGUAUCGGCAGAAACUACAACAGGCCCUGCAACAACAUGACCCCUGACCCCCACACCUGUCACUGUAUGACCUCAGACCAGGGAGCGACUGACCCUUUGAGUGCUGACCCCUCAAGAACCAGCGAUCUAUUCCGAGACUGGAGUCGGAGCUGAACUUGU